CGUGAACGCGUAUGUCAACCCGAAUGAGCCUAGCGGGACCGAGACCAAGGCGUUCGGGCCCCCUUCUGCCGGUGCUACGGAGUUGAACCAGCUAUGGGACGUCUCAAAGACGCUUAUGGCGGCCAAGUUCACGUCACCGGAAGAGACGACGAUCGUCAGUCCGCCUCCGAGACCCCCUACCGGGCCCGUCGAGGGUGGAGAACCGGUUGCAAGCGCUGGCGGUUCUACCGAGACCACCACCACUACUACCUCCUCCAACGAAACCCCCACUCAAGCAGAACCUCAGUCAAACCAGAUCUCCGAGACGGCUUUAAACUACCGUCUCCGAGCGCAAUCAUCCGUCAAUCUUGGUGGAUGGCUGGUCACUGAGAAAUGGCUGAAACCGGGAUUGUACGAAUGCACGGGGAACGACAAGGUGGGAGAGCUGAAUUUGGCGGCGAAUUGCGACGUGUCGAAACUCCAAGAGCACUGGGAUACCUGGAUCACCGACAAGGACUUUGAUGCGCUUAAAGAACGAGGAAUCAACACCGUCCGACUUCCCGUUGGCUACUGGACAGUAGGCAAAGCCAACUGUAACUGCGAGGACUCCAAAUUCUGGCCGUAUAUCGACAAGUACGAAGGACAGUGGAGUUAUGUCCUCAAGGCCAUUGAUUGGGCGAACCAGAGGGGUAUGGGGGUUUUGAUCGAUUUGCAUGGCGCGCAAGGAUCGCAGAACACCUGGGACCACUCGGGUGAAAGCGACCGCAAAGACGGAGUCGCCGGUUUCGUUGGUAGCGAGACCAACCGAGGCGCUACGAAAGAGGUCAUCAAAUGGAUUGUCAGCCAGGUCAAAGAUAAAGAGAACGUCGUUGGCAUCGAAUUGUUGAACGAAGCUACCGAGGAUGCGGGCGCAUUGGGUAGUUGGUACGCCGAAGUCGCCUCUGAUAUCCAAGCCAUCGCCGGUCUAGAUUACCCUAUCUACAUCUUCGCUGGUUUCCGAGGAUCGGGAGACUACUGGCAUGACUGGGUGCAAGACAAGCCUGGGUUCUGGGUUCUUGACGUCCACCCUUACUACCUGUACUCGAGCAACUGGAAAACAACCACUAUCGACCAGAUGUUGGACUCGAUCACCAAACAGGACACUCGGAGUCUCCAGAAACUCGCGCCGAACGUCGUCUUGGGAGAAUGGGGUUGCGCCGUCGAAGGAAACUCCACUGCCGAACACGAGGGUUUCGACAGGGUCGGGCAAUACUGCGAUGCUCAGCUCGAAUUGUAUACUUCCCAAGCUGCCGGAGGUUGGCACUAUUGGAACAUCCAUGCGGAGGGGGAUCGUUCGCCUUGGGACUUUUUGUCGGCCUCGACCGUUCACCCGGGGAACAACCGAGCUCUCGUCCGACCCGCUCGAAACGCCGCUUCCUUCGAUCCCGCUGCGAGGAACGAUGGAUCUCAUGGAUUCAGCCACAAGCGGUCGAUGCUCGCACAACGGGCCCGGGCUCAUGAGCACAGGAUCAAGCGAGAUUCGUAUGUAAGACAUCACGAUGAUGCAGUUGAGGUUUGGGACGCUGGCUGCGAGAUUGGAAAGUUGUUUGCCGAGGCUGGCCAUGUCCUCGGAUUCCCUGCCGAGUGGAUUCGUCGACACGGCCUGAAGCAUGACGAUUACGAUGGGCAUACUUACCGCGAACACUUUACCAACGGUGUCCGAGCGUGUCAAGUGUGAGUGAGGAAAACAGAUGGACAGUUGCGGUGUCUUCUUCUUUAGGGCAAAUAUAUCUUGUAGUGCGGGUCCGCUUCAAUCACAUGC